UUUUUUUUUUUUUUAAUCCUUUUCAGGUGCUGGAGAAUCUGGUAAAAGCACAAUUGUGAAGCAGAUGAAGAUUAUUCAUGAGGAUGGCUAUUCUGAGGAAGAAUGCAAACAGUACAAAGUGGUUGUCUACAGCAAUACUAUCCAGUCUAUCAUUGCAAUAAUAAGAGCCAUGGGAAGGCUAAAGAUAGACUUUGGGGAAGUUGCCAGAGCAGAUGACGCCCGCCAGUUGUUUGUAUUAGCCGGCAGUGCGGAGGAAGGAGUAAUGACUCCUGAACUUGCUGGGGUGAUUAAACGGUUAUGGAGGGAUGCUGGGGUUCAGGCCUGCUUCAGCAGAUCUAGAGAAUAUCAACUUAAUGACUCUGCAUCAUAUUACCUAAAUGACUUGGAUAGAAUAUCUCAGUUGACCUAUAUUCCAACUCAGCAAGAUGUUUUGCGGACCAGAGUUAAAACUACAGGCAUUGUGGAAACUCACUUCACCUUCAAAGACCUGUACUUCAAGAUGUUUGAUGUUGGUGGCCAGCGAUCAGAAAGAAAGAAAUGGAUUCACUGCUUUGAAGGUGUGACAGCUAUUAUAUUCUGCGUAGCCCUCAGUGAUUAUGACCUUGUCCUUGCCGAGGAUGAAGAGAUGAACCGGAUGCAUGAGAGCAUGAAGCUGUUUGAUAGCAUUUGUAACAACAAGUGGUUUACAGACACCUCCAUCAUCCUCUUCCUCAACAAGAAAGACCUGUUUGAGGAAAAGAUUAAGAAGAGCCCACUAACAAUCUGCUACCCAGAGUACACAGGCUCCAAUACGUACGAAGAGGCAGCUGCAUACAUUCAGUGUCAGUUUGAGGAUCUGAACAGAAGAAAAGACACCAAGGAAAUUUAUACCCACUUCACAUGUGCCACUGAUACCAAGAAUGUGCAGUUUGUGUUUGAUGCUGUUACUGAUGUUAUCAUUAAGAACAACCUGAAAGAAUGUGGACUCUAUUAAGAGAGGACAUGGUGGGGGGGAAAAGUUUUUAUGAUGUGGCGUUUUGAAAACCAGACUGUUCCCCUGCUGCCUCAUGGGACAGCUGCAAGCAUGAACAGGACCAAGGGAAUGAAAACAGCAUGCAGAAUCCUUGCAUUCUUUAGCACAAUCUUCUGUAUUAGGGACCUUUUUAUCGAUAUGGGAUGUUGAAGAUAUCAAAACGGAACAACUGUUAAGUGUGAUUUGAUCAUUCAGGCAUCAGUCGGAUUGCAUAAUCUUAAAUGUGCACAGCUGUUGUGAAGCUGAGGUGCUGGAUUCCAGAACUUCAGUAUGUAGCUUUCUCUUUCUUUGAUUAACAAGCCACCACUAGUCUGUUUUUAAGGUUUUUCCAUCAGAUAUAUAUAAUAUAUAUAUAAACUUUACUAAAUUUUAUUUCUUUAUUUGCAAAUGAAUCUUGUUUUAAGAAAACAUAAGAAAAAAAAACAAACACUUAACUAUGCACAUGAUGUGACCAGAUCAUGCAGAAAGUAUUCCUCUUAGUAGGAACUCUUUGUUUUUAACACUUGGUAUGGUCAGAAUUUAAUAUUUCUGCAACUACUUAAAAGAUCUGUAGAGCUCUUCUGGCUAUAGCUUUGGCUUCUGAUGUGUAAUUUGUUUUCACCCUGCUGCAAAUACGUUCUGGCUUUGAAAAGAAGUGACAGAACUUUCUGUAGCAGGAUAAGUCCUUUUUAGCUUAUGUUUGGGGAUUAACUUGGUUUACGCUGAUUUACCAAAUCAAGAUUUGAGCCCUUGUAGUAAUAUUCAAGCCAGCUUAUUGGGUGAAGACGUACCUGGGACAACUUCAGUUGGAGAAACAAAUUGCUAUAUUCCAAACUGGAUGGAGAGUGUGUGCUGCUACCAAGCUAUUAAAUCAACCACUUGGAUUCUUGUGCAUUUUUUUUGGUCUAAACCAGUGGGGAAUUCUGUAAAAGAUGCACCUUUGUUCUGCAUUUACCAUGGCCUUUUAUGUUCAGAGACUUUUAAACUGUAUUGAUAGCAUGCCUUUACUUUGUAAAUGUUGUGCCAAAAUUCCUGUUUGCCAUUGUUUUUAUUGUAGUAAUGUUCUUAACCAGUCGGCACAUUCCUUUGCUGAAACCAUUGCAUUGAGACUCGUUUUCCCAAUUUGUCACAUGUACAGUUUCAACCUGUUAUAGUUGUUUGGCAGUAUUAAAAUGGUGAGUAAACAGUAAAUUUUUCCUAAUUUA